GAAAGAGAUCAUAAAUCCAGCCCACACGAUAAGGGGAAGGCCCUAGUAAGUUUCCAAAGUUUCCAACACUCGAACGGUAGCAGCCAACAAACCCUCACUCAGAGCAACCUGAAGACGCAAAAGGGGAAAGGAGCAAGACCACAAACGCUACCGGAAAUCUCACUCCGGCUACGGUUCCGGUGAACGCUGGGGCGACCGAAUUUGUAAUUUUCGAUACUUAAAAUAGUUUAGCAGCAGUUUUGUACAAUCUAGGGUUUCUUUCAGUCAAUUUGGGCGCGAGAGAGUCAUUACAAUGGGGGAGGUCGAUGUCGUGCUUAAGCGAGCUCAUACCAACUUGGGCGACUAUGAGGAAGGUGUGAUUGCGGAUAUCCUCGCAAGGCUACCGGUCAAAUCCUUGAUUCGAUUCCGGUGCGUCUGCAAGUCGUGGCGUGCUUUGAUCUCCGAUUCCUAUUUUGUAAAGAAACACCUCAGCUACGGAGAGAGAGGCAUUACCGAGCGCACUCACAGGCUCAUCAUUUUCAUGUUGGAUGAUGUCUCGCCGUUGGAAAUCCUAGCCUUGGAAAAUACGAAGGAUGAUGAUGAUGGCGAUGGCGCUGCGGGUGGUCAGUUUGCAGUCACUCAGCUGGAUUGUCCGGUAACAAAAACUAUCACUUAUUCCCGUCAUAGAAUUCUUGUUGGUUCUUGCAAUGGCUUGGUAUGCGUAGAACUUGACUUGGGGGCCAUUAUGUUAUGGAACCCUAGUACUAGAGACUCCAAGGUUUUACCAAAACCUCCUCGAGUUAUAAACUCCAAGUUUAGCUACUGCUUUUAUGGAUUCGGAUAUGAUUCUGCUAGUGACGACUACAAGGUGAUACGGGGGUUCACUGAUUUUGCUAAGAAAAUCAUGAUUCACAUCUUUUCACUGAAAACAGGUUCAUGGAGGACUGUCGAAGACAUUGAUUAUGUUGGAUUUAUAAUGGGGAAGGGGUUGUUCUUAAAUGGAGCUCUGCAUUGGUUAUAUUGUCUACCUGAAGGGGGCUCAAGAAUUUUGUCUUUUGAUUUAGGGGCGGAGAAAUUUCAGAAGACGAUUCCAUUACCCUAUGAUGACUGGUUUCGUGAUCCCUUGAUUCAUAAAAAUUGUCUCUGUGUACUUACUUGCCCAACUGGGACCAACAAUUUCAACAUAUGGAUGAUGAAAGAAUAUGGGGUCAAGGAAUCAUGGACUGAAGUCUUACAAUUUUCUUUGUUUGACGAGAAGAUUUAUGCUGGGUAUUUUGAUGAUAAUACAAAAUAUUUCAGGCCUGUGUGCAUGUUAGAGAAUGGUGUAGUUUUGAUUGACGAGAUGGGUAUGUGUGAAGACCUCUUGGUAUUAUCUAAUCUAAAGGAGAAGACAUUCAAGCAUGUUGUUGAGGUCGCGACGAGCUUGGACAUUAGAACGGUCAUUUACCGAGAGACAUUAGUUUCGCCAGAUGUCCACACAUACAAAACCAACAAUGUGAGUCUUCUUUAUCCACUAACUGUUAGAAUUUUAGUAGUGUGGUUACCCUGUCAUACAUUUGGCAAAGUUUGCUUUUGGGUUUUACUAUUUUGUAACGUAUCCACUUUCUUCAGUUUUCAUCCAUAUCGGGUGCAACUUUUCUCCACGGUAAUUUUAUUGGAAAACCAAGUUAAGCAUGACAUGUCACCAUAUUUGAUUCAAACGCAUAAAUAUGGAGAAUCUGAUUUGCCAAAUCUUUAAUAGAUGGCACAGCUACAAGUAUCAAUUAUGUUAUUCUUUGUAUGCCGUGCAUUCGUGCAAGUGUUGUUAAAAGGAGAGAAUUCACUGUUUUACUUCAGAAAGUUAUGUGUGAGACUGAGUUUUACCUCUUUUAGUACCUUUUCUGUUUAAAUACUGUUAUAAGUUUUGUCACAGUUUAGCCAUGUACGUGGCAGACUCCAGGUUCCAGCAUUAUGUCCAGUGACUAACACACUAGACUAAUGAUCUGUUUUCCAUUUUAUUCCAAUUAUACUAUCAUUUCUUGAAUUCCUUUUUCAUUUGAAUGUUAUUGGGUUAUUAGAUUCAGAGGACAUAUGUUAUUUUACUGCUUUCCAUUGUGAAUGAGUGAAAUGCUUGUAAUUCAACU